UAAAUGCUGUUACGUUGAACUUUCUGUUCAACUAAUUUUGAAAAACGUAUCAAGCAAGUAGCACAACUGUUUUCAACAUUGAUAAUAAUAAGAAAUAUUUCUUGAGCAGCAAAUCAGCAUAUUAGAAUUCAUUAAUUCAUUGGUUGUGUGUGUAUAUUUGUGUAUUCAGGUAUGUUCAGUUCAUAUUCAGGUAGGUAAAGUGUGUUCAGGGGAUAAUCCACUUUGUUCUUAGGUGAUCCAUUGUGUGACUGUAAAAACGGUACUCGUAAGUCCUGUUUGUUUGAAUCUCUCAGGAGAGGAGUCAGCAGGCAGGUUGUGCUGGGUUAGACAGAAGUUUAUGCAUUACUGCAGCAGUCAGAGGUCAGUGUUUGAGCGUUUUUCACAGAUCUAUGACGUUUACAGUAAUUACACGCGCUGCAGAUCUCAAGAACACUAACCACUCAGCACAUUGGACAAGAUUAAUCUCUAACAUUGAUGAAUGUGGAAAAACAUGAAAUUUACAAUCAGCACAACUGAAAGUUAAGCUAAACUACAAAUCAGCCUUCCCAUGGCUCUCUCCCAUUCUCUAUAAUCUCUCUCUGCUCUGGUGAUAAUCGCUGGUGUGUUAGCAGAGUUUAAAAGAUUAGUUUGCGUUAGGGGCUUAGUGUAAGCUAAGAUGCAACACUUCCCAUUUCUUUCCAUCUGUCUCGCUCCGUCUAGAAAACAGGUUCUUGAAAAUAGCCUGUAAAGAAAACAUUUUUUUGUCUGUAUUAUUUAAAUAAUUAGAACUUCCAUGAUAUGAGACAACAGAACAAGUGAUUGCUGAGUGGACAAUGAGUGGAGGACGUUCAGAUGAGAAGUGAACAGAUAUAGACUUUUCUGCAUUGGAGAAGCAUUACCAUCAAAACGCCAUGAAACUAGGAGCUCUUCUCCUUCUGCUUCUGGGGUCCAUGCAUGGGGUGUUCACGCAAGUGCCUAUAACUGCAUUUACUGAACGAAGUGCUGUGGAGGAAGAUCUAGGAAGUGGUCUGUUAGAGGUGGAACAGGAGGAUGAACUGGGAGACACUUACUGGUCCGGGACAGCCCCGCUUUGUUUUGGGGGGUGUAAGGGCAGACACAGGGAGCUAAAGAGAGACAACUGUGGAGAUUCAGACUGCUGCUGGGUGGGAUACAAAUCCCUCUGUAGAGUUAAUUGUGGAAAACCUGAUGUGGACUUUAACGGGAUGGUGUAUGGGAGUGAUUGGUGGGUGGGUUCUGUGGUGCGGUACGACUGCAGGCCAGGGUUCGUGUUGGUUGGAGAUCCUGCUCGAGCUUGCCAGUCUAAUGGGAAAUGGACGCCCAAACCAUCCUGCCUCAGAGUUUGUCAUCGUGGCCGGGUUGAGAUCAAUGAGAAGGACAUUGACGGGACGUGUUCAUCCACCUGUCCUGAUGCUAAGAGCUAUGCGGUUCCUCUGAACCACGAAUGCAGUCGCAUUGAGAAAUGCAGGACUAAAGAAUCAGGCUGGAAGCGCUGGUUUACACGCUGCAACUACUGCGACUGUGAAUGCUUCACUCCCUGUGCUUCUACAGGAUAGAAGACAGUGAAUCUCUUUAUCCUUUUUAUCCUAUGAAGACAUUAUGCUCAUAUCAGUUCUGGAAACAACAGAAUUUGAAUGUAAAGGGACAAGUAUUUUAGUUUGAAAUCUGAAUCUUAAAUCUGAAUAUAUUGGCAUUUUAUGCAUCUGAUUAUCUAUGAAAUUGG